GAAGCGGCGCGUUUAACUGUUUAUUUCAAAAUGGCGAAGGGUUGAUCCUCGGUGAACAAGUGUGGGGGUUUUGCGUCUUUUUUCGGUCGCGUUCACUGCAUCUGGUGUUGGGCGGGAAUGAGGAAUGAGGAAGGCGGUUCCGUCCAGUGGACCGGAUGUCUCGUGUGAAGCCGACGGCGGUGCUGUGGCUGCUGAUCGCUAGCAGCUCUUUGUUUCUCUUGUUUCAGCUUUAUUACUACCGGAAGUACGUCAGCAAGUCUGGCCCUCACGUCCUAAGCCACACAGGUCACUUGAAAGACAACCACCUCCAAUGGCAAACCACGAAGACGUUUCUGGCGUUGUCGCGCCGUUUCCACCUGCCGCUGUUCCUCGCCGACACGGCGGUGCUCAGACUCCUGACCCAGGAUGCAUUGAGGCAAGGUGAGCGGUUGGCAAGUGUGGAGCACUGUAGCUUCCUGUGCACUGGCCGGCCAAUCACGUCCUUCGCCGUGCUGGCCAACUCGUGGAAGUAUGACGCCGCUUUGCUAUCGGCCGCCCAGCAGAAAGGCUUUGAGCUGAUGGAGCUGCGAGGGCAAGACCCCCGAUUGGCCAGUUUAGACAUCCAGUCAGCGCACGAAAUUCCUUUGCACCUCCUGCUCCGCCUCCACGGUUACAUCAUUCAGGUGGUCUUCCUGUAUGAGCGUGGUGGUAACUACCUAUGGCAUGGGCCAAUUCGCCUCCAAGCCAAUGCUGACCGCAGCUUCGCGCCUUUCACACGUCUGGACUUUGGACGCCACGCCGGCGCCUACAGCAGGCCCUUGCUUGUACUGACCGUCCUGGACGGCCUGGACGUUCGUAUCCCGCACAACAUUUCCAGCUUCCUGUUUGAGCGGCAGCAAGCUCGCUUCCUCGAGUGCCGUCACAGUGAUGCCCGCCGCUUCCUGCAGAUCUAUCCUGACGACGUGUCUCCUGAGGCACUGGAUUUUCGGAACAAAGCAAAGUCUUUGCUUCUUUUGGCUGCACAAACCCUCACAAAUCUUCACAUCCCAUUCUGGAUCAGCAGCGGAACCUGCCUGGGCUGGUUCAGGCAGUGCAGCAUCAUCUCGUACAGUCGUGAUGUUGACAUCGGGAUUUUCAUCAGCGACUUCCGCUCUGACAUCAUCACAGCAUUCCAGGCUGCUGGCCUGUCACUCAAGCACAAGUUCGGAAAGGUGGAGGACAGUCUAGAGCUUUCCUUUGUGAGGGACAACGUCAAGCUGGACGUCUUCUUCUUCUACCAGGACAAAGAUGUCACAUGGAACGGGGGCACGCAGGCCAAAAGCGGCAAGAAAUUCAAGUACAUCUUCCCUCGCUUCUCCUUGUGCUGGGCGGAGCUUGUAGAUGUCAGAGUUCGGGUCCCGUGUGAGACGCUGGACUACGUGACGGCCAAUUAUGGCCCGGCCUGGAAUGUCCCGCUGAAGACGUGGGACUGGAAGUCUUCUCCAGACAACGUGCAGGAAAAUGGGGUGUGGCCUCUCUCUCAGUGGGAGGAGCUUAUUCAAGUUUAUUGACCUUCAUGAAAACGUUCCCCAAUACUUUUUAUCUUUGUUAAAUCCAUUCUAAGAAGCUUGUACCCCAGCAAUAAAAUGGCAGCAGUAAUAGCUGACUGCUUUAUUGUAGUUUAUUGUAGAAGCCACUAUUGCCACAUAGUGUACAUGCACAUACAGUAUAAACCACAUGCUACAUGCAUACAACAUACAGUAUAAACCACA